GCAGCUUCUCUCAGCUGAUCGCUUCCACUGCUCAUCUUUUUUUCCUGUAGUUGUUUUUUUGCAGAGGGAGCUGCUUUGCAGAGAUUGGGGGCUGCUGUGGAGAGCUUCCUCUUGUCUGUCUUUUUUAUAUUCGUAGGUGUCAGCCUUAGUUGUUUUAUUUAUUCGUAUAAGUUCACAUGUCUAGAGCUAGAUUGUUAGUAAUUAUAGUUUGCGUGGAGAUAUUUUUUAAUCUGACUGGGCUCCUGGUAACAAGUUUGACGCGUAUCCCUUUGGUCAUUCGAAUAUCGGCUAUAUGUCAAAAGUUUGGGACGUUCAUCACUUGGAAUUGAUAAGACCCAGCUGUGGUUUGGCUUGGCAACGACACACUUCGCUAUGUUGUUACCAGAAAAUCAGGUCAGCGUCAGUAUUUUCACGUCUGUAACGGACUCAUCUGAUGAACCCAUACGCGCUGCGGUCCCCCCGUCCGUGGAGCUGGGGCUCACCGUUGUAUAUACUGUUCUCUACUCGCUGCUCUUUGUAUUUGUUUAUCUGCAACUUUGGCUCAUUUUGCACUACGGACACAAACGCUUCAGCUACCAGAGUGUCUUUCUGUUUCUCUGCUUGCUGUGGGCAGCGCUGAGGACUACGUUGUUUUCUUUUUACUUCAAGAACGUUGUUCAAGCGAACCAGUUGCAGCCUUUACUCUUCUGGCUUUUGUAUUGUUGUCCCGUAUGCCUCCAGUUCUUCACGUUAUGUCUUCUAAACCUUUAUUUUGCACAGGUGAUGUUCAAAGCCAAAGCGAAGUAUUCACCGGAACUCAACAAAUACAAGGUGCCACUGCGCCUGGCUUUCCUCCUAGCCAGCCUCUUCUUCCUGGUAGUGAACGUGACGUGUGCGGUGCUGGUGCGUCAGGAGCUUGGGGAAGCCAUGGCCAAAGACGUGGUGCUGGUGCGCGUGCUGGUCAACGACAGCCUCUUCGUGCUCUGCGCCAUCUCCCUCGCCGUCUGCAUCUUCAAGAUCGCCAAGAUGUCCUCCGCCAACGUCUACCUGGAGUCCAAGGGUACGUCAGUGUGCCAGGCCAGUGCUAUCGGCGCUGCAGUGAUCCUGCUCUACUCGUCUCGUGCCUGCUACAACCUGGUGGUGGUGUCCCUGUCACCUGAUGACCGGCCCAGCCCCUUCAACUACGGCUGGUACAAUGUCUCCGACCAGGCGGACGUGGAUAAGAUCAGUGGGGAGGCCUACGUCAUAUUCGGGGUGAUCCUGUUCUUCUGGGAGCUGUUGCCCACCAGCCUGGUCGUGCUCUUCUUCCGGGUCCAGCGGCCCAAUCAGAACCUGGCUCCUGGAGGGAUGAUCAGUAGCCAUAGCUUCAGCAGUAGAGCGUACUUCUUCGACAACCCGCGACGUUACGACAGUGAUGAUGACCUGUCACGAAGCAUCAGCUCCAGAGGAGACCGAGGCAGCAUCCUGUCCACCACCCCCCAGGCCUCCUCCUGGUAUGGCUCCAUCCAGAGGAAUGGCAGCCUGACGGCGCCCCCCCACCUCCACCACCACCACAUCCCCCCGCUCAGCGGACCCCUGGCCACCACCGCCCCCCUCCUGCUGUCCUACGGAAACAUCCACACCAACCAGCACCACAACUACUACUCCACGCCCCAGAACUGAAACAUCCACACCAACCAGCACCACAACUACUACUCCACGCCCCAGAACUGAGCUGGGAGUAUCUCACCCAGCUUAAGCUAGGACCCCAGACCAGCGAGUCAGCCCCACAACUUCUACAUCUUGCCCCAGAACUGACACCAGAGGAAGUACUAGUCUACACGCCAGAACUGAGACCAAGACCCAACACAACACCUAGUGAACACCCCAGAACUGACGCCCCAACUGCUACUCUACGCCCGGGACCUGAACUGCAGGCCCCAGCCAGCUAGACCAGGACCCCAGACCAGCUAACCAGAACCACAGCUAAGCUACUCAACGCUGCAGAGCUUAACUGACCCAACAUGGCUAACCAACACCCCAACUGCCACUCCAUGCUCCGGAACUGAAACCAGGACCCGAAAACUCAACUAAUCCACUGCUUUCUCUCUGCAAGGCUUGAUCAGAGGUGACCAGGAGAUUCACUGUUAUAAUACCCCACUGGCCCUGUCGCCCCACAACCAACACGGGUCUUGAUGCUCCUGUCAAGAUGCGCCUGUUUUUAUUUCUUAUCAUUUGGGUUGCCUUUAUUUCAGACAGGGCAGUGAAGACAUGACAGGAAGCGAGUGGGGAGAGAGAGACGGGAAAGGGUCGGCAAAGGACCCGGGUCAGCCGCGUAGCAGCCAUGCGGUUAGGGCCACGGUAGGGCCAGAUGAGCCAGUUUUACCACCAGAGAACACCUCGUCCAAUCGAUGACCUGCUUUGACCAGACCAUUGGUCCUCAAGCUGUGUGCUGUUCAGGACGGAAGGUACAAUCUCCGUCAAUACCAAGGGGAAGUCCUUCGAUCCUCAGUCCUUCAAAAUCAGCUGUGCGCCCUCACAAGCCUCCAAGACCUGCUCUAAUCAAUUUCUUUUCUUUCUUUCUUUCUUUCCUUUUUGGGUGAGUCAUUUUGACUUCACAAGGGUAUUUCUGACUAGUGGGAAACACAGAAUGCUAUUUAGUCUAAUUUUCCAAGUUGGAAACACACUUUUCUGAGUCAGGAAUGCAAGCUUCCUCACUCCCUUAGGGCCUAUCCCAGUCAAUCUCUCCUACAAGGCUUUUGUGGUGUUAAGCUGGCUGGCCGCCUGUACUAUGCACACGUCUUGUGUCUAUGGAGCCUCUAGAACAUAUUAAUGUCGCCUGAGCAUUUCACAGGAAUGGUGAAAGCCACCUUCACCGAAGGCUAGCCAGCUAGUCAAUACAGGCCUUGAUAUUUAUAGAAAGGUGUGCACAGCAGGUUAACUUGUUAGCUAAGGCAGGCCGAUUCUGUUUAACACAGGUGUGCACAGCAGGUUAAUUAUCAAACUUGCCAAUUAAAGACUUAUUAUUAUUUUGUUACAGAGAGGUGUAAGAAACAAUCUAGCUAGCUAUCCAGUUUGGCCUUUACAGACAACAUGUAAGCUGCAGCAAAGCUAGCUUGCAAAUGUUGGCCUCUGUCGUUGCAAACGCAUGGAACAGCAGUUAACGUACUGGUCCAUACUAGGCACUACUGGUACAGCUAGCAAAGCUAGCUUGCUAAUGUUGGCCUCUGCCGUUGCAAACACAUGGAACAGCAGUUAGCAUACUGGUCCAUGCUAGGCACUACUGUCAGCUAGCACAGUGUGACAGACUGUCCUAUGUGUGGGUUUAUGUGAGUUAGUUAUUAAUUACAUGGUGAGUGGGACAAUGCUUCAAGGUGACUUCUAGAACAUCUAUGUGGUCUGACUGCAUGGAGGCUUGGAGUGAACAUCAUUCCUGAGGAGCUGAACUUGCAUAGCAUAGGCAAAACAUGUGAAUGAGUGAAAGUGGGACUGGGACACUUAAUGUCUUCUGUGGAGGGGGUCCCUAUUGUCCUGGCCCGGGCCCAGUCAAUGCUAUCAGCGGCCCUGCCCUACCCUGCCCUGGCCAUCAACCCGAUCCCAACCCCUAAUACUGCCCUGCCUAAUCCCCCAGGGUAGGAGAUGCGGAUCUGAAACUGCCCACCUGGUGGAAAUGAUGCCAAGUUGUCCUGGCCUCUAACCCCACAAGGCCUACAGUAGUUGAUGCAGGAAUUCAAAUCCUGUGAACGCAGCCAUCUCCCCUCUGUGAGCUGGGAGUAAGCAAUUUGCACUUAAAGAGAGUAAAGAUAGAGAGAGUACAGAGAGAGAGAUAGCAAAGAUAUACAGUACACAGACAGAGAGAGAACUCAGAGAAACACCCCCAUAGUUGGCAUUGUAGUAGAUAGGCAAGGAUUGUAGUUGUUAUCAGAUUUUCUGGCUCUAGUGGUGUGUGUGCAGGGUUUUUUCGGCACACAAAAGAGAGCUGACUGACAUCCUCUGGACACAAAAGCAGGGAUGCCGUGCUCAGCCACCAGCGCUGCCUGCAUGCUGUGAGAAUGUGCAAGAGAAGGCGGACAAAAGAAACUAAUUUAAAUAUUUGUGUCUGUUCAACUUAUUUUUUUGUUUCUCCUUCGAAAACCUUUGUAAAGGUGGGAACCCUUUUUGUUUUUUGUCCUCUGCCAAAGAGCCCCAAGACAGCCCCAAGUCUUCAGUGAUGUUCCUCAAAACCAACACCUGAGGGCGCCAAAUCCCCUCCCAGGAGGAAGAUGGCGAUGUGGAGUUUUCGACCAUCUGUAAUGUGGAACCAGCGAGUGCUGAAGGUCCAAGUACUGUGAAUGUUUGAGGCAAACAUUUGGCAGUUCUGCCGAGGCUCAUGUGAUCCUGUCGUUGAUACACAUGGAUACGACAGCUGUACAGACUAAAUGAGACGGUGCCCCCACAAAGUCGGAAUACCACACAGUAUGUAUGAAUAUAGGUAUAUCUGUUCCAUUUGGAAUGCAUUUAUCGAAAGCAUAGUUGCUAGCCAGGUAGCAACUUGGGAAGUUUCCAAUGGGAAAUUGCAUUGCAAACAACAAAGUAGCUAACAUGGUUAGCAACUAUGGUUUCGAGAAAUGCAAACAGUAGCUAAUGUCCAAUGUUGUGAUGUGGCAUCAACUUUAUUUUUCCAGGGGACACUCAAAUGUGCCAUCA